CUAUAGGGCCAGCAGCAGCAGCCCCUGUAUUUAAAGAGCGCAGGAAUCCCUCCAGUUCAAUCCUUUGAGGCAUAAGAGAAGAGGGAGAAACGCCAAGCUACACUGUACCAUAAACCUCCGCAUACCAGGAUGCCAAACUGGGGAGGUGGAGCCAAAUGUGGUGCCUGUGAAAAGACAGUGUACCAUGCUGAGGAAAUUCAGUGCAAUGGAAGGAGUUUUCACAAGACGUGCUUCCUCUGCAUGGCUUGCAGGAAGGCUCUGGACAGCACCACAGUGGCAGCUCACGAAUCUGAAAUCUACUGCAAAACUUGCUACGGGAGAAAAUACGGCCCCAAAGGUGUUGGCUUUGGACAAGGGGCCGGAUGUCUCAGCACCGACACUGGGGACCAUCUGGGCCUAAACCUGCAACAGGGAUCACCAAAGUCUGCUCGCCCUUCUACACCAACUAAUCCUUCAAAGUUUGCCAAAAAGAUCGUUGAUGUGGAUAAAUGUCCCCGGUGUGGCAAAUCGGUGUAUGCUGCAGAGAAGAUAAUGGGAGGAGGAAAACCUUGGCAUAAAACAUGCUUCCGCUGUGCUAUCUGUGGAAAGAGUUUAGAGUCUACAAAUGUUACAGACAAAGAUGGAGAGCUCUACUGUAAAGUUUGCUACGCAAAGAAUUUUGGUCCCAAAGGAAUUGGUUUUGGUGGCCUCACUCAAGUGGAAAAGAAAGAAUGUGAGUGAAAAGGAGUGGAUGCAACAGAGUCAACCUGCUGCUGAUGUCAGCAGAUAAUAGUUGUCAAGUAAAACCAAAUCACCACCUACUGCUCAUAACCUAGGGCAUUCAUUAAAUAUUUUCCAUCUUGCAGGAAGCCUUCUGAAGCCUUCUGAAGAAAAAGCAAGUUUUCUUAGAAUAUAGUGUUUCAGUUUUGUUAUUGUACAUUUUUCAAGCUACAAUAAAGUACUCACAUUGCUUCACA